UUUCUCUCUCCAAACACUCCCCGCCUCCUGAAACACAGCGCUGAUCUCUGCGCGUGCUCCGUGAGAGUUGCCAUUGAUUGGUCGGAAAGGACACGGCGGAUGCGGGGAUUGGUCGGUGCGAGGAGGAAAUGGAUACAAUGUGACCAUGGGACCGGAUCACAGCACUAUGCAGACCGUGACCAGGCUGAUCUCAGUCCUCCUCUUGUUCUGUGGGCUAGCCUGGGGCGACGAUGAUUCCGAAUGGGUGAAACUCCCCAAUACAUGCGAAGUUUGCAAGUACCUUGCUGUGGAAUUAAAAUUGGCUUUUGAAGAAACAGGAAAAACCAAUGAGGUGAUUGAUACCAAAUACGGCUUUCUGGAAGGAAAAGGGUCGAAAAUAAAAUACAGGCACUCUGACAUUCGGUUGAUUGAAGUAACUGAAAACAUUUGUAACCGGCUGUUGGAAUAUAAUUUACACAAGGAGCGAACUGGGAGUAAUCGCUUUGCAAAGGGAAUGAGUGAGACAUUCCAGACUCUCCAUGGCCUUGUUCACAAAGGUGUAAAAGUUGUUAUGGACAUCCCCUAUGAGCUCUGGAAUGAAACAUCGGCUGAGGUCUCUGACAUGAAGAAGCAGUGUGAUGUAAUGGUGGAAAAGUAUGAGGAUGUUAUUGAGGACUGGUAUAAAAAUCAUCAGGAGGAAGACCUCACCAUAUUCCUCUGUGAACGGCAUGUGCUGAAGGCCCACGAAACAGAAUGUUUAAGGGAAAAGUGGAAUGGACAGAAGGGGGACCCUGCAGUGAUCGAUGAAGAAAAGAAGAAGAAGAAAAAAAAGAAGAAAAAUAAGGAUAAAGACGAUACCAAGUGUUUUUCUCCGUGGAUUUUAACCACUAAAAUUACCUGGGUUAGCUCUAUGCCCUUUUUUGAGAUGGAUACAAAGACAUUGCAGCUGGAAUGCCUGGAACCACAGUCUAGCCUUCUCAAUCACACUUUAAAAAAUAUAUAUAAACAAACUUCUGACCUGCAGCUGUCAGACUGGUACGGCUGGCAGCAUGGCCAUGUAAGUCAUGAGCCCCAAUAUGGACAUCAGCACAUAAUCUAGACCGACAUUUCAAUGCUGCCACCUUUUGGAUAAUAUAUUAAGUGGAAGGUGGCUGGUGGAUGGCGAAUGGACAUUCACCAAGCAUCCUCGUCAACAUUCCUCCUUCAAAUAACACAAAGAUUACCUGGAUAUUUGUGUGUUGUUUGCUGCCUAGCUGUGCCACAUUUGCUUGCAUGAUGGCGACUGCAUCUUAAAAGUAAUCUACAGCUUGUAAAACACUUUGGCAUGACCUGAAGAGCUGAAAGGUUCAAUACAACUGCAGCUUGAAGAACAAUUAAACUGUAAGCUCAUCCAAUGUUUAUAUAA